UCUCUCUCUCUCUCUCUCUCUCUCUCUCUCUCUCUCUCUCUUUCUCUCUCUCUCAUCGCAUAUUUGGACCGACGAUGCCGAGGCGGUCUCAGUAUCUCUUUGUCGCAGUUUGGUUCGUGUCCAUAUCUUGUUUAUUUCAUGUGGUUCGACCACAGAACCGAACCAGAGCCACUACUGAUCCCGACGAAGCUCGGGCGUUGAACAAGAUCUUCGAGCUGUGGAAGAUAACGGCGACGGAGGCAUGGAACAUCAGCGGCGAACUUUGCAGCGGAGCAGCCAUCGACGACAGCGUCAGCAUCGACAACUUAGCCUUCAACCCUCUCAUCAAAUGCGACUGUUCUUUUGUCGACUCCACUAUCUGCCGCAUCGUUGCUCUGAGGGCUCGUGGUAUGGAUGUUGCCGGACCAAUUCCUCAAGACCUCUGGACUCUUGUUUACAUCUCAAAUCUCAACCUAAAUCAGAAUUUCUUGACUGGUUCCCUGUCUCCUGGCAUUGGAAACCUGACUCGCAUGCAGUGGAUGACUUUUGGGGCCAAUGCAUUGUCAGGACAAGUUCCCAAAGAAAUCGGACUGCUCACUGAUUUACGAUCACUAGCGAUUGAUAUGAAUAAUUUCUCUGGUUCUCUACCUCCUGAGAUUGGAAAUUGCACGAGGCUAGUCAAAAUGUACAUUGGAAGUUCAGGACUUACUGGUGAACUUCCUUCUUCAUUUGCUAAUCUUGUGGACCUGGAAGAAGCUUGGAUUAAUGAUGUCCAACUUACAGGUCAGAUACCAGACUUUAUAGGAAAUUGGACCAAACUUACUACUCUGAGAAUUCUGGGGACUAGUUUGAGUGGUCCAAUUCCAUCAACAUUUACAAACUUAAUUUCGUUGACAGAGUUGAGACUAGGUGAAAUAUCCAAUAGCAGUUCGUCUCUUCAAUUCAUCCGGAACAUGAAAUCUCUAAGUGUACUAGUAUUACGGAACAAUAAUCUUACAGGCACAAUACCUUCCGAUAUUGGAGAUUACUUUCAGCUGCGACAACUUGAUUUGAGUUUCAACAACUUAACUGGGCAAAUUCCAGCGUCGCUUUUCAACUCAAGCCAACUUACUCACUUGUUUCUUGGAAAUAACAAGUUGAGUGGUUCUUUACCCAUUCAAAAGAGUCCCUCUCUUAGCAAUCUAGAUGUCUCAUACAAUGAUUUAGCUGGGAAUCUUCCUUCUUGGGUUCGCCUACCAAACUUGCAACUUAACCUGGUUAACAACUACUUUACAGUGGGAGGUUCUACCAGAAGGGUUUUCCCCGGACUGGACUGCCUCCAGAAGAAUUUUCGCUGCAAUCGAGGAAAAGGAGUAUAUUUCAACUUUUCGGUCAACUGUGGAGGCCCGGAUAUCAGGUCUAGUAGUGGAGCUUUGUAUGAGAGGGACGAGGGAGCGCUUGGACCAGCUUCAUUUUUCGUUAGUAGAACGCGGAGAUGGGCAGUCAGCAAUGUAGGACUAUUUACUGGGAGUAAUAGUAAUCAAUACAUAGCUCUUUCAGCUAAUACACGAUUUGCAAACACUUCGGACUCAGAACUUUUUCAAUCAGCGAGGCUCUCUGCAUCUUCUCUGAGGUAUUACGGACUGGGGCUAGAAAAUGGAGGCUAUAGUGUAACAGUUCAGUUUGGUGAGAUACAAAUACAAGGUUCUAAUACCUGGAGAAGUCUUGGAAGGCGACUUUUCGACAUAUAUGUCCAGGGAAAACUUGUUGAAAAAGAUUUUAAUAUGCACAGAACGGCUAACGGUUCUACUUCCCGGGUAAUUCAAAGAGUAUAUAAAGCAAAUGUAUCUGAAAAUUACAUCGAAAUUCAUCUUUUCUGGGCUGGAAAAGGGACAUGUUGCAUUCCUGCUCAAGGGACUUAUGGGCCGUUAGUCUCAGCUAUCAGUGCAACGCCAGAUUUCAUACCUACUGUAGAUAAUAAGUUGCCUUCGAAAUCCAAGAAAACAGUUGUUAUAAUUGUAGGGGCCAUUGUAGGAGCAGGAAUGAUUAGUAUCUUGGUGAUCGCUAUCAUCUUAAUCAUCCGUCGGAAAAGAAAAAGGGCGGCUGAUGAAGAAGUGCUACACAGUCUGGACAUAAGGCCCUACACCUUUAGUUACUCAGAACUCAGAGCUGCAACUCAAGAUUUUGAUAAUUCCAACAGGCUUGGGGAGGGAGGGUUUGGACCUGUUUUUAAGGGAAAACUGAACGACGGAAGAGAGAUAGCGGUGAAACAAUUGUCAGUUGCAUCCAGGCAAGGAAAAGGUCAGUUUGUUGCGGAGAUUGCCACUAUAUCAGCUGUUCAGCAUCGCAACCUUGUAAAACUGUAUGGAUGCUGCAUUGAGGGAAAUCAGCGCAUGCUUGUAUAUGAAUACCUCUCAAACAAAAGUCUAGAUCAAGCUCUAUUCGAGGAAAACAGUUUGCAGCUUGGUUGGUCAGACCGUUUCGAGAUAUGCUUGGGAGUAGCCAAGGGUUUAGCAUAUAUGCAUGAGGAGUCAAGUCCUCGUAUAGUGCACAGGGAUGUGAAGGCAAGCAAUAUUCUGCUCGACUCGGAUCUUGUACCAAAACUCUCGGACUUUGGAUUGGCCAAACUAUAUGAUGACAAGAAGACGCACAUAAGUACCCGAGUUGCAGGGACAAUUGGAUAUCUAUCACCAGAGUACGUGAUGCUUGGACAUCUUACGGAGAAGACGGAUGUGUUUGCCUUUGGUAUAGUGGCCCUGGAAAUUGUGAGCGGAAGGCCCAACUCCUCUCCAGAAUUGGAUGACGAGAAACAAUACCUUCUCGAAUGGGCAUGGAGCCUACACCAAGAGAAUCGUGAUGUGGAAAUUGUGGAUCCGGAACUAGCAGAAGGAUAUGAGGAGGAAGAAGUGAAGCGUGUGAUAGGGGUAGCGUUCUUGUGCACACAAACGGAUCAUGCAAUAAGGCCAGCGAUGUCCCGAGUGGUAGGCAUGUUGACGGGGCAUGUGGAGGUAACGGAAGCCAAUGCGAAGCCAGGUUACGUCUCGGAGAGAACAUUCGAGAACGCAAUGAGCUUCAUGAGCGGUGCCACGAGCUCGAGCUGGAUAUUGCCUGAUACUCCAAAGAGUCCUCCUUCAAAGUCCCAAGUCGAAGAUGCACGCACGACUUGAAACACCUUUUUUUUUUUUUGAGUUUUGUUGUUUACAUUUAGACUGGUUUGCGUUGUAACUUGUAAAAAACAGAAACAUUUACUGUAUAGUCUUUGUUAUUUUUGUGCAAUACGAGCAUUUGUCAGACCAACAAAACGACGUCGUUUGAGUGAAUGUUAUGUUCC